CCUCUAAACGCAGCCACCUUGGAAGCAGUCAUGGUAGUUGCAGCGGUCGCAGCCUGGCUGCUUCUGUCGGCCGCAGCCUCGGCACAGCGGGAGCAGGACUUCUAUGACUUCAAGGUGGUUAACAUCCGGGGCAAGCUGGUGUCGCUGGAGAAGUACCGCGGCUCGGUGUCCCUGGUGGUGAACGUGGCCAGUGAGUGUGGCUUCACGGACCAGCAUUACCGAGAACUGCAGCAGUUACAGCGGGAUCUGGGUCCCCACCACUUCAAUGUGCUUGCCUUCCCCUGCAACCAGUUUGGCCAACAGGAGCCUGAUAGCAACAAAGAGAUUGAGAGCUUUGCUCGCCGAACCUACAGUGUCUCUUUUCCCAUGUUUAGCAAGGUCGCAGUCACUGGCUCUGGUGCCCACCCUGCCUUCAAGUAUCUGACCGAGACUUCUGGGAAGGAGCCCACCUGGAACUUCUGGAAGUACCUGGUGGCCCCCGACGGGAAGGUAGCAGGAGCUUGGGAUCCAACUGUGUCCGUGGAGGAGAUCAAACCUCAGAUCAGAGCGCUUGUGAGGAAGCUCAUACUGCGGAAGCGAGAAGAUUUAUAA